UCUCUCUCUGUGGCACACACGCACACACACACACUGCUUUUGUCAGCUCCCGGGAUGAGCUACAAGCUGGUGCACGGAAAAAGAAACAAUCGGUGACAUUUUCUUCCUGUUCCACUCGGACUGAAGAUGCUGUGGAAGUUCAGCUAAUGGAGCCAGCGUCAUCCAUGGAUGUAUCCCCGGAGGUCUCCAGUGCGCACCGCGGAAUCAGAGGCGAGAUUGCUCUUUGCGGAGGAAAUACGCCUUCCGAGCAGGGGAGCGACCAAUCAGCCGUGGCCAACCAAAGAUAAACAAGCCUUAUGAUAAGACUAAACUCUAGUGAGAAUAAAACAUGUCUGGCUGUAAAGAUGCUCCAGGAUUCUGCCCCGCAUUGAUUCCAGGUCGACAGCGCUAAAGUGGUGAAAGAUGCCCAGUGCGCACUCAUGGCAGGUUUACCCAGGCUGUGAGCAGCCGUCGUGAACUAUCAUGCUGGCCUGUAUCCAGAGACGGCAGAACCUGUCAUCGCAGCAUCUGGCCUGCACCCCCAAAAGCCUCGAUGUUCCUCCGCCACCAUUACUGCUGCAGGUGCCGCCGCUGCAGCCCUGCACCCGCAAAGGCGAGCUGGCCUCCGUGAUUUCCCGGUACCCCUCUCCUGCAGAGUUGGAUGCUUUUGCCCAGAGGACCGCCAACAGUCCGCUGUCCAUCAAAAUAUUCCCCUCUGAUGUACGAGUGCCGCAGCACAAGCAGCUUAACAAAACCGUCAACGGCUUAGACACCACAGGCAACCACCGCUACAGCCCGUACUCACACCCAGGCUCAGGAGGCCACCAGGGCUUGCUGGCCAUCGGCAAAGCCGCUGUGGUGGUCAGAAGUGGGGUGAAGAACUCUGAGGGCAGGAGGACUAAACAUGCAAACACCCAGCAGGCCUCUGUGGCACCGUAUAAUAAUCCUCUGAAUAAUGGCUACACUGUCAGACAUGGGCACAAGGCCUAUCAUAUAAGCGCAUGUAAGCUCUCUGAUGUACCCAUCGAGACACUCUGUUCCGGUGCGGGGAUGACCUCCGGAGAUCAGAGCGUGCUCCCCCGGAGGGAGCUGGCGGAGGUUCAAAGCCUGAUGAGGCAGAUGAGCCGAGUUCCCCACAGCCAGGCCCUACAGCUGGGAGGGGAGGCGCGAGCCAGCCCCUCCGUGCAGGCUGUGGCCGCGGUGGCACAUUCAGACUCAGACUUUGUCCUGGGAGUCCCGCCCCAGAGCAGCCUGGCAUUCACAGGAGCGAUGCUACCCACGCAGAGUGCAGACAUCGCCAAAGCUGGCCACUUGGAGAAAGGAGACUACACAGUGUGGCAGCACAAGCAACAAAUUCAGCAGCAGCAGCAGCAGUCCUAUCAGCAGGUAGCAGUGAGGAUGUACAGUGUGAGUAACAGUGCUCAGGGGCAUCGGGCAGCACAGGUCGGGGUUGGCCAGUCUCCUGAAACCUGCCUCCCUUUGGCGUGCUCCUCGCAGCUGUCCUACAGGCCGCCUCCUCCCAGUGCUGGGCAGGAGCGAGCCAGCAGCUCGUCUCUGAGCUGUGCUGCCAUGCAGGGCGGGCAGUACUUCGCUCCUCUCUGGGACGGCGUCGUGGCCACCCCCAACAGCGACUGUUAUCCUUCUCAGGUGCUGGCAACGGGUACAUGUAUGGCCAGGCCUAGAGACCUGGGGCUCUCUCACCCCCACCUCCACCCAAACUGCCAUCAACGCCACCACCACCACCCUCAGCGUCACCAGCCGCAGCUGCUCCCUCCUCUCCCCCCUCACAUCCAGGCCUACAGCACAGACCAAAACCUCUGUUGUGGGCUGCCUACUUCCAGCCUGUGCCACGCUGCAGUACUCAGCAGCAGCCUGCAGUCUCUGGAGUGCCUCAUCAGUGAGAUCCACCCUCCCUGCAUCAAAGAGCGCAUGCUGGGCCGUGGGUACCAAGCCAUGGGAAUGCCUCAGCUGCUGGAGCACCACCAGACAACCCACAUCCAGCUCCCCGUCUACAGAUAAGACGAGGCGCUGGCGCUCAGCAGGGCGCAGAGGUGACAAACCUGACAGCGGAAGUGUGUCAGUUCAGACGUCUGCGAGAAUGAGACAUGCCUUUUUUACGUUCGUGCAUGUACUGUAACUGAAGAAAGGCUUUGUGUUAGAAGCCUGAAGGUAAAUGAUAAUCAUGACUUAAGAUAUAGGUUUAUCUUAUGGACUUUUUGUGUUUUUAUUUUUCUAUCUUAAAUGGCUGAUCACCCAAUCAUAAUUCUCCAUCUUACUUUGACAUGUCAACACUGUCUGUUUUUCUCUGUCGGCCUUUACAAACAUGGGAAACCUACGAAACUGAAAUAAUCAUUGGUACUCGUCUAAAAACACUUGAAUCUGACUGUUUAUAUAUAAUAAUAUGUUUUUUUUUCCAUGUUUGAGAGGGAACAUUUCUUGAUUAUUAACUAAAAUUCUGUUUGUCUGUUACUUUAAUGUGAAUUUAGUUUUCAGUGUUAACAGACAUGUGCUUCAGCAGUAUGAUGCCGAUCCUCUGGUCGGCGUACGGGGAACGUUUUUGCGUAUAAAUUUCAAAAUGUGUUUUGUCAUGCAGUUAUAGACAAAAGUGAUGUAAUUUAGCAUCUGAAUUGUUUUGAUGUAGUCACGCUCAGCAUAUUAGGACUGUUGCGUAUCCAAAAUCAACACUGUGGCACUCAGGCCAAGCAAGAUGUGCAGUUUGGUUGUAUUUUGUUAAGAUUUAAAAUUUCUGAAGAGGGUGUUUGGAUGUGACAAUUGUUGUGGCACCGUAACACAACAUCUGGGAAUGAUGGAGUGCCAUGUUGUGGAGAGCAGGCCGCCUGAAUCAUUUACACUUCUCUUCUUUUUAGGGCUCUAUGAUCUCUGAUGGCGUGAGACGUGUGACUGAGUAGAUCUUUGUGUGUCUGCACUGGUUCUGUAAAACUAUUUAUUUAUGUCGGCCUGUUGAGUUACAUAGCAAACUGUCUCUAUAAUUAUAAAGUGCAAUUAUUCUAUAUGAACAUGUGAACGCUCUCCAUGAAGUAUGUUGUUGAAAUAACUACAUUUUGCAAUGUAUGACCCCAAUCCCUCACCCCCCCUUUGGCCUCUUCUUAAUAAGGAUUGUCGAGUAAAUGAAAUUUUCUAAACCCAGCCCAGAGUUUGUGUUAUUAAAUAUGAUUAUUUAUCAUCUGUCCAACGUGUAGCUGAGGAGACCCUUUGAUUAUAUUCAUGAAUGAUAAAAUAGUUGUGGAAAGGAAAGGAGACAUUUUUCUGGUUUUAUUGCAAAGGGAUUUAUAGCUUAACCACCGAGCGUAUCUGGUUUUUUUUGGCAGCCAUAGAUCUUAUUUUAUUAAGAUAUAUUUUUUUUCCACCACUCGAUCUCGGCUUUAUAAUAAGAUGUGAGUCCAUCCUGAGCUAAAACACAUUGGACUGGUUCCUCGAUAAAUGAUGCAAGUUGAAAGAACUAAUUUUGUUACAGUUAAUUAUGUUGGGGGAGACGGAUGACCGACGCUUGAGCCUGAAGACACAGAAUACUUAAAAUUACAAAUAAACAUACCAGCCCUCCUUUAGAUAUUACGUUUGUGUAUUCAAAUUACAUUUAUUCCUGAUGAUAAAUCCACGAGGAUACUGCUGGUCACAUUAUUUAGAAGUGGCCUUGCUAUUACCCAUCUACGGAAUUGCUAAUCUUAAAAUGGUGCGCCUGCAUGCGCCUCUUAUGUUGCUUCAUUUGUCCUGCUAAAUUGGAUGCUAUAGCUGUAAUGCAGUUUAGAUCACCACAGACAUAAAACGCAUGCCCACUUUAAGUAGCCUAUUACCAAACAAAUAACCUUGCUGGCGUCAAUAGCGGCAUUAUAUGCAGUGUUGUGAAUAAUACUGCAAUAUUCAAUUGAUGACUAUAUUGCAGAUAAAUAUUUCAGAGGGAAAGGUCAGUGGCUUUGUCAUUGAGGCUCGGCUGUAAAUGAUUUCCUGCCUUUAGCCUAUUGUGUCCCCGGCUUCGCUCUGAGCUUUUCCGCCCUAUCUAUCAGCCAGGACAGGCCAGGCCACUCUUCUGAUAAACCUACAGGAUUACAGACAUGCUCGCCUCGCUCUCGCUCAGAGACGAUUAGCUCAGGCCUGGGCUCCUCUGGGAGAGGAACCAGAGCCACUGUGGCCGCUGGGACACUCUUCAGAUAAGUAAGACUGGGCAGAGGAAAGGGUUGGUCGAUUUGGAGGAUUAGGAGACAUGAAAAAGAGAAGGGAUUUUCCUCACUGCUGAUGUUUGUAGGGGGGGAAACAUUUUUGUCAGCAGUCUGCCUUGGAAACA